GGGAUGGCGAGUGGGGCCGAGCGGGGACACACCGGCUGAGGCGGCUGAGGAGGCGGCGGGCUGAGGAGGGCGGCCCGGGCCGAGGCGGCGGGCGUCGAGCGGAGGUGUUCAAGAUGAAUCUGGAAAAACUCAGCAAACCUGAACUACUGACUCUGUUUAGCAUUCUUGAAGGGGAACUAGAAGCAAGAGAUGUUGUGAUAGAAGCCUUAAAGGCCCAGCGCAGAGAUGCUUUCAUUGAAGAGCGCUAUGGAAAAUUCAACAUUAGUGAUCCACUGAUGGCUCUUCAGAGGGAUUUUGAGGCACUGAAGGAAGAGAAUCAUGGCGAGAAGCAGCCUGUUUGUGCCAAUCCCUUGUCCAUCCUGAAGGUUGUGAUGAAACACUGCAAGAAUAUGCAGGAAAAAAUGUUGUCCCAACUCGCCGCUGCAGAGAGCAGGCAUCGAAAGGUAAUCUUGGAUCUUGAGGAAGAGAGGCAGAGGCACGCCCAAGAUACUGCUGAAGGGGAUGACGUAACGUACAUGCUAGAAAAGGAGCGAGAGCGGCUCACCCAACAGCUGGAAUUCGAGAAGUCCCAGGUGAAGAAGUUUGAAAGGGAGCAGAAGAAGCUCUCGAGUCAGCUGGAGGAGGAGCACGCCCAUCACAAGCAGCUCUCCUCCAUGCUGGUGCUGGAGUGCAAGAAAGCCGCCGCCAAGGCUGCCGAGGAGGGGCAGAAGCUGGGGGAGCUGAGCGGGAAGCUGGAGAAGGAGAGGAGCAAAGUGAGCCAGCUGGAGGAGGAGCUGGCAGCCAAGAAGAAGAGGGGCUUGCAGAUGGAGGCCCAGGUCGAGAAGCAGCUCUCCGAGUUUGACAUUGAGCGGGAGCAGCUGAGAGCCAAGCUGAACCGGGAAGAGAACCGCACCAAAGCCCUGAAGGAAGAGGUGGAGCUUCUGAAGCAGACCCUCAAGGAGCUGGAGGCUUCCUGCAAAGCGGAGAACCCUCCACCAAGGGUCUCCAAGGUGUCCAUUGCGGCUGUCACAGAAGACCCAAGUCGGUCCGUCGCUUGCCAGACAGAAAGCCCCUUGAAGGAGAGCCAGGGAAGCACCAUCCAACUGGCCCGUGCCCUAUCGCCUGUCACUGCCACGGCCCCCCACCCUUACGCGAAGGCAAAUGGGCACUGUGAGGCCGAUGCGCAAGCGAGUGUGGAGCCAGCCCAGCCCAGCGUGGAGAAUCUGGAGAAGAGCAAGCCUGCUGGGUCCACUCCUGAGGGUCCCACCGAAAACAGCAGCUCCCCGGUGAGAACAGAGUCUCUUUCCCCAUCCAUCCCACCCCUGCCUUCCGGUGGGAUCUCCUUAUCUCCGAGCAACACUGCCUCUUCCUCGCUGACAUCGUCCCCGUGCUCCUCGCCAGUGAUGACUAAGCGCUCGGUUGGAGCCUCGGCCAACAGCCCCAGUUAUCAGUCUUCUUACCAGGUGGGGAUCAACCAGCGCUUCCACGCCGCUCGCCACAAAUUCCAGUCCCAAGCUGAUCAGGACCACCCGUCAAGUGGUCUCCAAAGCCCCCCGUCCAGGGACCUGUCGCCCACCCUCGUGGACAACUCGGCCGCCAAGCAGCUUGCCCGCAACACCGUCACUCAGGUCCUCUCCAGGUUCACCAGCCAGCAGGGCCCCAUCAAGCCCGUCUCGCCUAACAGUUCCCCCUUUGGCACAGACUACCGAACCCUGGCCAGCGCCAUGAGCCCCAAAAGCGAGUCUAGCCCAGGCAAAGUCUCCAGCCCGCUGAGCCCACUGUCACCUGGCAUUAAAUCGCCAACCAUACCCAGAGCAGAAAGAGGGAACCCUCCGCCGAUUCCUCCAAAGAAACCUGGGCUGGCUCCUUCUCCAGCCACCCACACUCCGCCGGCGAAGACCUCCUCUCUGGGUUCCCCUGCGGACUUGGCAAGCAGCUGCUCAAUCAAUGCCGUGGUGGCCAACGGGAAAGAAAUGGAGAUCUUGCUGCCAGCCAACAGCUAGUCUCCAGAAAGUGCUGCAUUCCGAGCGUUUGCGAUUCCUAGAGCUGAAACACUGUCUUAGCCACUCCAUGUUAUUUAUUAUUUGGGUAGCAACAAAAAUCUGUUUGUAUAACACACUUAGUGUACUUUUCCUUUUAUUUUAUAGCGUGUAGAAAAAUAGCACGACUUGUGUAUAGACCUUUCUUAAACACUAGAGCCUCAAGGUCUCUCAUAGCAGCAGGCACAUCAAAUGGAGAAAGAAAAAGAGACAGAGAGAUGCGGUGAAUUCCUGGUGCUUGGAGCUGACCAGCAGACUAUGACGCCGAGACACUCAUUUUUAAAUUAUGCAGAAAAGGAAAACACUCCAUGCAAACUUCCAUUCCAGACAGACAUUUUCUAAGAAGUGCCUGAGCUUAAGCCUGCAGAUAUGAAUGUGAUUCUCUGCAAAUCCCAGAAGGGAUCAUCCAACUGCAGAAAGCAGUUUCCUCUCUGAAUCAUGAAUGUUGAAAUCAACACUGUUCUUAAUCCUUCCCAGUUCUCAGUACACUACAUACAGAAGGGGAAUGUUCCAAAGGUGACCGCUAGAGUCGGUCAGUCAAUGUAGCUGCUGUGUCUGGAGCACUUUGGCCCCUGUUGCUGAGCUUUAGGCAACCCAGGCCUUUCUGAUGACGUAACCUUUCUUUAAAAACACUUUGGGAGCUUUAAACAAUCAGGGUGCCACUUUGUUUGGUUGUUAUUUUUCCUAGUCAAGUAUCCAUUCCUUGCAUUUUUCUCUCUUACGCAGAGAUAAAAUAGGCGAGAUUAAAUCUUGAAAGCUAGCUUUUAAUAUUCUUCACAUAGUCUACUGCUGUGUGUGUGUGUGUGUGUGUGUGUGUGUGUGUGUGUGUGUGUGUGUGUGUGUGUGUAGAACUUCUGAGAGCUUAUCUUGUUAUUUGAUAAAGAUCUUUAACGUUACUUGAAAUGAGAAACGGUUAGUCAAUUCUAUACAGGUUUUUGCAUUGGAAGGAUAGGGAUCCAUACUAGAAGAUCCAAAGCAAUAACUUAAAACGUGCUCAUGGCGCACUAAUCCUGUAUGUCGAGCUGACAUCGGUCUUGCUGCCUAAGGGGCGCUUGCUGAGAGAAGGCAGCCCAGCCGCCCUGGCAGCGCUGUGGAAACCAAAUCAUUAUUAUUAUGUUUCACGUAGAGAUGCAUAUAUAUGUGGGGAAAGAGAGGAGUCUUCGGGUUGUGCACACAACUCAUUUAAUCUUGGUUUGAUGAUGUUGAAAUUCUUCAUAUCUCAAAAAACAAAACAAAAACGAGGAACUACACUUAUGGGGUGAAAUCCAGCACCGCUUGCACACUGGGAUCUGACCUUUCUCUCUUUCCUGUGCAUCCCCAGAAUUUCUCCCCAAGGGCUGCAAACCCUCCAGGUUUUGAGAGUGCAUGGAGGGCACUGGGGCGGGGCGGGGGGAAGAGUGAAGUGUGUCCCACUUACACAGCGACACGGCGUUGGAUUCAACCCACAAGGAAGCUGUACUUAAGCUUUAUAUCCCCUAUGUCUGAGAACUUUUCCCCUGGGAAAGAUGGUUAGUGACAUGGGGCAGAUACAGGACUGAAGAAGUCUUUGUUCUAAUGAAGAAGCUACCUGUGCUGUACAGGUCUUGCACCUCUGACCCUCGCAAGCCAUGUGUCUGGCUCCUGUCUGAAAUGGUGCCAGGCUGCUAGGCCCUAAGAUAUUGCAGGAGUGUGUGGUCAAGUUUCAGAAUACAUUGACCUUAACACAUUUCACCAUUUCCCCCAGAAUCAACCUACACAAAUAAACAUUUUUAAAAUGUAAUAUAAUGUUGCUGUUUUUACAUGAGGACCAGCAGGUAUCAUCUUUGUCAUAUGGCGAGACGAGAGUGGCCCUCCUCUUCCUGCUCCUUACAGCCUCCACCUUGGACACGCUCCCCACCUGACCGGGGGAGCUUUGCAGGUGCAGAUCCUGCCCCAUUUGUACCUGCAAAAUCUGUCGGCAGGAAGAGAAAAGCACUUUCCAAAGGGGCAUGUCUUGUGUGUUUCGAGGGGAGAGACGGUUACUGUUUUGUUUCAUAGCCAUCUUGCACAUAAAUGUUCACUCUCCAAUCUUUGGGGCGAGAGAAACGGCAUGGGGUUUGCGGAGUACCUGCAGUUCUGUCCCUGUCCAACCCCGUGUCUAGCCCCCACGGGCAUGCGGCCCUCCGUCAGUUUCCUCUGAGGGAAUGUGGCCCUUGGAGGGGGGAGAAGGUUGUCCUAUUCCUUCACUGGACCAAAGCUCUUGAAUACUUGUGUGUGUGUUUCUUAAAAAAAAUAUUGGUGCUGCUUCAAAAUGCCACACUGGUCUUGCAAGUUGGUCUAUUGCUAGGUUGGAAGCAUUUUAGCCAAUUGACUGUUAUUUCUGAGGGCAGGCUCUCAGGCAUAUGAGGACAUAGGAGGUCCUGCCACAUGAUAAUAUCCCUCUUAAAUUUUGAUCCGUGUGUCGCAAUUCCCAUUUUUCUGGCCAGUUGUAAUUGCUGGUUGCUUAUGGGCAGAUAGGACACAACUCUGAUGAGCACAGAGAACAGCUCACUUGUGCUGACCGGGUGUCUGGAUGUGGGCUGUGGAGCUGAAAAUGGGGUGAAUGGUUUCUUUCCAGUGUCUCUUCUAAUCUUAAACAGGAGGGUUUUGUAGCAGCCCUUUAAAUAUUUCCUUGUGUUUACACUAACUUGUAUCCUUUCUUUACGAUAUGAUAGAGAUUUAUAUACAAUAAUUUUAUUAGGAAAUGCACUGAGUACUGUAUUCAACAAUGGAUUAUAGGAAGGGAGAAUGCAAGAGGAAAUAUGUAUUUUUGCUAGUAGCCUAUCUUCUGAGAUUAAACAAAGCACAACUAUUAAAAUGGUUCCAGCUAAUCCAGUGAGACUUCUAGGGUUAGUAUUUUAAGUUCUCUAUAGACUUGUGUGUAUAGGAAUAUAAUGUUUAAUCUUCUCUGAAUCGUGUAUAGCUAGAGAGGUUUGUCACUGGCUAAUGGGAAUUUAAUGAAGUUCAGACUGCAUAAUCUAGUAUUAAUUGUCAUUAACAUCUGUAUAUUUGUAAAGUCAAAUGUCUGAAGCAGAAGUCUUUUUACCAUUUUUAUAGCUGGCAGCAUUAAACCUUAAAUGUUCAUACUAUCAAUAAAGGUUUUUAUUUUUAUGAUGUGAA